AUGUUCGCCUUCGAUUUCCUUUCGAUUUUCAUAAAUUCUGAAUUUUAUCUCCGAAGUUGGUGUCCUGUUUGGCGCUUUGGAGUCCCGGCCCGGGACUAUUUACCAACUUUGCCUCCAGCUUCCACCAUGGAUGGGGAACGCGACGAAAUUGUAUCCAUUCUUCCCAUUCAUUAUUCCGACGCUCUAGGUUCCAACAUACAGAUUCAUCAGUUCCCCCUUCUUACAAGACCACUUCAGGCCCCGCCGUCCGCCGUCUUGAGUGGCAAACGAAUUACUGCUCGCCUGAAAUCCCAAGCGCGUAGAUUCGAGAUGCAUGUCCCAGUCGAUACACGCCCGGAGGUCUGCAAUGUAGAACGAUCGAAGGAGUUGGGAAGCGCUCGCUUGGAGGAUGACCGCGACAAAAACCAGGAGUUGAAGGAAAAAUCGAGGGACGAUGAAGAUCCCCGGUUAUCUGAAGUGCGCUUGAGAAGCGAAGAAGCUCCCCAGAAGGGUACGUACGUUGUGGGUAUCGUUAGAGACAGCAAGCUCCAUCUUCACCCAAUUGGGGAAACGCACCAAUUUCGGCCAACUCUGACGUACCUAGAUCUUCUGUCUCGCAAGAAUAAGCGUUCUCGAGGAGGAGACUCGGAAUCAGAUUCGGACGAUGGGCCUCCAGCUGACCCUGAUGAAGCUGUGCCGGCCCCAGUGCCAAAAAGAGAGAAAAAAUCUGCCGGAGAUGCGAAGGAGGUGCACGUAACUGCCCGGAAAUCGGAUGACCAGGGAGGCCUCGGUCAAGGCGGGCUAUCUACUGUUCGGAGGGAGAUGCUACACAUCAUCCGUGCAGAGGAAGACGAAAAGUGGGAAAGCUUGAACUUUUGUGAUGCGUCGAUGAGCGAGUCUUCGACUGCGUUUGAGGGUCUUUUCUCGCAGAGUGAUGAAUCUCUAGAAUGUAGCACCAACAUUACGACUUUUCUCAAGUCUAUACCUGGUCUAUAA